AUGUCAACAGUCUCGAUCACCACGCACACCAUCUCUCCACCAACGCUUGGCAAUGCGUUUCUCGAAGACACUGCCCUUCAGGAAAUUCUCGACAAGCACAUCUUUUCGAGCCAUGUUCUUCCUUCUCUUUCGGAAUCGACUAAAACUCAAAUCAAACAAGAUUUGACUCAUUUCGGAGAACAAGUGACUUCUUCUAUUUGGAAAAUUUCUGAUUUAGCAGAAAGACAUCAACCACAAUUGUUUCAAUAUGAUGCUUGGCAAAAUAGAAUUGAUCAUAUUGAAUUACAUCCUGCUUGGAAACAAUUAAAUGAAAUUAGUGCUCGGGAAGGAAUAGUUGCAUUGGGUUAUGAAAGAGAUCAGUUAGGAGAACACGGAUUGCAUCGAUUGUAUCAAUUUGCGAAAUUGUAUUUAUUUGAUCCAAGUUCAAGUGUUUUUACUUGUCCUUUGGCAAUGGGAGAUGCUGCUGCAAGAUUGAUGGAGUACAUGUUGAAGACUUUACCACCUGGAAAGACUCAAGCUGAAGUGGAACGAUUGAAAUUGUUUGCAGAAUGUAAAAAUCAUUUAAUUUCAAGAGAUCCAAAGAUGUUUUGGACAAGUGGACAAUGGAUGACUGAAAAAAAGGGUGGAAGUGACGUGUCAGGAACAGAAACUGUUGCUACACAUGUCAAAGAUUUUGAUUACACUCUGGAUGGUUUCAAAUGGUUCACAAGUGCCACUGACUCGCAAAUGACUCUUGCUUUGGCAAAAAUUAAAUGUGAAAAAACAGGAAAAAUCGAUGAUCAAGUGUCACUAUUCCUUGUCAAGAUGAGAGAUGAAAAGACACAGAAAUUGAAUGGUCUUGUCAUUCACAAGUUGAAAAACAAGCUUGGAACAAAGGCAUUACCAACUGCUGAAAUUGAAAUCAAGGGAGCAAAAGCAACACUUGUCAGUCCAAGAGGAGAAGGAGUCAAAUACAUUUCCAUCAUGAUGAACACUACUCGUAUUUACAAUGCCACUUGCUCUGUUGCUAAAAUGAGAAGAAUGAUUAGCAUUGCUCAAGACUUUUCUACCAAUAGAACUGUCAAUAGAGGUCAACUCUUGUCACACAAUUCACUUCAUUUAAGACACUUGUCAAAGAUGGUCACAGAAACCACUGGAUGUUUACAUUUCGUUAUGGAUGUUGUCAGAAUGAUGGGUCGUGAAGAGAGUGGAAUUGCAACAGCAGCUGAAUCGCAUUUGCUUCGUCUCUUCACACCAAUCAUCAAAUUGUACACUGGAAAGAAAGCCAUUCAAGUCGUCAGCGAAGGUUUAGAAAUGAUUGGUGGAAUGGGUUACAUUGAAGACACAGGAAUUCCAAGAUUAUUGAGAGAUGCUCAAGUUCUUGCAUUGUGGGAAGGAACGACUAAUAUUCUUUCGUUGGAUGUUCUCAGAGUUUUAUUACAUCCAAAAACAGGACAAGAAGCAUUCAAAGCAUUUUGUGAUCAUAUUAAUUCAGUGGUCAAUUCUCCAACUUCUUCCAACGUUUCACAAGUUGCAAAAACAAUUUCACAUGCACUCUCAGAAAUUCAACACUAUUUGAAGAAUAAUCACACCAAUCAAGCAGUGGUGACAACCUUUGCAAGAGAAUUGGCCUUCUCCAUCGCUCACGUUCAAAUUGCUGCACUCUUAUUGGAACAUUGUAUUGUCAAGAAUUCACACAAGAAUGUUCAAAUUCUAAAAUUAUUUGUUGAAGAUCAUACACCAUUGGUCAUUCUUCCAAGUCAAGAGAAGAUUGAGCAAAUCAAGCAAAUUCAAGCUGUAGAUUAUUUAAUUGCCAAUGAAAGUGAUGGAUACAAGACACCAGCAGAGAAGAGAAGUCGAUUGUAA